GAUCCCAGGGAAAGUUUUAGCUCCAAUCCCGUGGAAAGGGAUCAGGAGCAAGUUGAGAAAGAUAUCUUGUUGCGUGAUUUGGUCCCACCAAGAGGGGGACAAGCAAGGGGGACCGUUAAUCCACCUUUUCAGAUAAAUGAGGAACAAUUGCAGUUGGCCGUUCAGGUAGCUCUUUUUAAAGCAUUUCGACUGGCAGGUGUGUCAUCGUCACAGUUUGUGCCACCACCGGUACCACCACCACCACCACCUCCAAAGACAAAUGAGUUAAAUGAUACUCUUUAUCACAUUGCAAAGUUUGUGAAAUUGAUGCCAACUCUGUUUGAGGGUGGCCCAGAUACGCUUGCUACGGAUAGUUUCAUGGAUAGGGUGGAUAAGCAUAUUAAUGCCAUGAAUUUGGCAACGAACAAGUUAAAGAUCACAUUGGCGACUUACAAUUUUAUUGGUGAUGCUGAGAUAUGGUGGAAGAUUGUUUCACACACGCAUGAUUUGUAUACUAUGACAUAUGAUACUUUUAAGAAACUGUAUUAUUAGAAGUACUUUCCGGCGUCUAAGCGGAGGGAACUAAAGAAGGAGUUUGAUGGGUUGAAGUAAGGAAACAUGACAGUUACAGAGUAUGAGAACAAGUUUAAAUCGCUUUUGAGGUUUACACCGGGGAUUGCUAAUGAUGAAGAAAGAAAGAUAGAGAAAUUUAUUGAUAACAUUGAUCUUACCAUUAGGCCAAUUGUAGCUGCUUCAGAACUAACAAAGUAUGCAAAAGUAGUGCGAAAAGCCUUAAUAGUUGAGGCUGAAAGUAGGGACAAUAAGGCUAUCAGGGAAUCCUAUAAGCACAACAGGGGUUUGAGUGCUUUUUCCGAGGGACAAUCAAGUAAGAAGCAGAAACAUGAGCAGUCAGGGUUCAGAGGACAGCAGUCAGUCAGAUCCACACCCACAACUUCAGUGUCCAUAGGGUCUUCUAGACCGAAUGUUACUUGUUUUAGAUGUGGACAGCCGGGACAUUACAAGUCCCAAUGCACUCAGGCUCAGGUAGCUCAAGUGAUUUGUUUUAAGUGUGGGCAGUCAGGGCAUCACAAGUCCCAGUGUACUCAGAUUCAGGUGGCGUCUGGUGGAUGUUUCGGGUGUGGCCAGCAGGGCCAUAGGGUGAAAGAUUGUCCACAGCGGGGCAGUGGUUUGGGCAGAGGUGGAGGUUCACAGCAGAAGCAGAUGCAAUCUACCACAGUUCAGUCAAGGUUUUGACCGCCACCACCACCUCAACGAUCUCAGCCAGCUAUGUCAGCCCAGAGUUCUUGACCUGGUAGGGGAGUUUCUUCAAGUACACCCACUCAGCAGUCUGGUUAUCAGGCAGGCGGUUCUUAGGGGCAGAGGACCCAGGGUCGCAUGUUUGCACUCACUCCAGCCGAGUCAUCAUCCAGUCCUUCAGUUGUCAGGGAUAUGUUUCUUGUGCCCCAUUCUUGGGCUCAUGUAUUAUUUGAUUCCGAUGCUUCUUAUUCAUUCAUUGCUUCAUCAUUUGCAUGGGCAUUGGGUUUGGAGGUCAGUCAGUUCGACAGACCGCUUUGUGUUGACAUGCCUAUCGGGGGUUCAGUUGCUCUUAGUAGAGUUUGUAGGAGUUGUUCCAUCACGAUUAUCGGACGUGUUCUUGAGUUCAAUCUCAUCCUUCUCGAGAUGACAGGAUUUGACGUCAUUCUUGGGAUGGACUGGUUGUCAUCCUUUAGAGCUGUUAUUGAUUGUUUCAAGAGCAGAGUUUCAGUGUGUACCCCAGAUGGGGAUUGUUUCUGUUUUGUGGGAGAUCAGUGCGAUCCUCUCACUCAUUCAUUUUAUGGUGUUAGGGGUCGGGAUCAGCAGACGUUCUUCUUGGCUAGCCUUUUUGCCGAUGAUGAUAUGGAGUUUUAUGGGGUUGAUUAUCUAGUGAUUGUGCGUGACUUUCUAGAUGUGUUUUCGGAGGACUUGACUGAGUUGCCUCCACACCGAAAGGUGGAAUUUGCUAUUGAUUUGAUGCCUGGUAUUGCGCCAAUCUCUAUGGCACCGUAUCGUAUGUCACCGUGGGGUGCACCAGUCUUGUUCGCUAAGAAAAAAUAUGGUUCUUUGAGGUUGUGCAUUGAUUACCGAAAGUUGAAUCAUGCCACUAUCAAGAACAAGUAUCAUUUAUCAAGAAUAGAUGAUUUGUUUGAUCAGUUGAGAGGAGCCAAUUGUUUUUCGAAGAUUGACUUGAGGUUAGGUUAUUAUCAGUUGCAAGUUAGAGAGGAGGAUAUUCCAAAAAUUGUUUUCCGUACGCGGUAUGGACAUUAUGAGUUUCUUGUCAUGCCUUUUGGUUUGAUUAACGCACCAGCGGCAUUUAUGGAUCUAAUGAACCAUGUCUUCUACGAUUACUUGGAUCAGUUUGUGGUAGUUUUGUGGAUGAUAUUUUUAUGUAUUCAUAGACCCGGAAGGAGCAUGAGGUCCAUUUGAGUAUAGUGUUGCAGAUUCUACGGGAGCACCGUUUGUAUGCCAAGUAUGAAAAGUGUGAGUUUUGGCUACAAGAGGUGAAAUUUUUGGGACAUGUUGUCUCAGAAGGUGGGGUUUCAGUUGAUCCUUCAAAGAUAGAGGCGGUUUUGAAUUGGGAGCAACCCAAGAAUGUCUUUGAGAUCCGGAGUUUCCUUGGCCUAACAGGUUAUUAUCGGAGAUUUGUGAAGGAUUUUUCCCGUUUGGCAGCUCCUAUGACCAUAUUGACCCGAAAGGGGAUCAAGUUUGCAUGGAAUGAGGCCUGUGAGUUAUCCUUUCAAAAGUUGAAAACAAGGUUAACUACGGCCCCAGUAUUGGUGAUACCCGAGCAUGGUUUGGGUUAUAUGAUCUAUUGUGACACCUCAAGUGAUGAUUUGGGUUGUGUACUGAUGCAGGAUGGUAGAGUAGUGGCUUAUGGGUCUUGACAGUUGAAGACUCGCGAGCUUAACUACCCUACUCAUGACUUGGAGUUAGAGGCAGUCGUGUUUACUUUGAAGUGUUGGAGACAUUAUUUGUAUGGUGAGAGAUUUGAGGUAUUUUUGGACCACAAGAGUCUCAAGUACCUUUUCUCCCAAAAAGACCUGAACAAUAGACAAAGGCGAUGGGUUGAGUUUUUGGAAGACUACAACUUUGAUUUGCAGCAUCAUCCGGGUAAGGCAAAUGUAGUAGCCGAUGCUUUAAGCCGGAACUCUCGUGGAACUCUGGCUAGUUUAGUCAUUCGGAAGUGGAAGAUGCUUGAAGAUUUGGCUGAAAUGGGAUUGUAUUGCUUUGAUGAUGAUGAUAAUGGCAAUAAGUCAGCAUUCUUGUUUAGUCUCGUGGCUCAGCCCACUCUUGUCAGACGGGUGAUUGAGUCACAGAGACAGGAUUCGGAUUUAGAUGCCAUUCACACUUUGAUCUCCAGUGGCAAGACCGAGAAGGAUUGGGCCUUACAUGCAGAUGGAGGUCUACGAUUUAGGGGUUUGUUGGUUGUUCCUAAAUUUGUCGUGAGGACGUCUAACGAGAGUUCAUACUUCCCGCUUUGCAGUUCAUCCGGGUGGUACCAAAAUGUAUCACAAUCUAAAACAUCAAUAUUGGUGGAAUGGAAUGAAGAAGGACGUUGCACAGUUUGUAGCUAAGUGAAGACCUGUCAGCAGGUGAAAGCCGAGCACCAAAGACCAGCUGGUUUAUUACAGCCAUUGCUGGUAGUGCAGUGGAAAGGGAGGAGAUUGCAAUGGAUUUUGUGACAAGUCUUCCUAGGUCACGAAGGGGAAAUGAAGCCGUAUGGGUCAUUAUUGAUAGAUUGACUAAGACGGCUCACUUCUUGCCUAUUAAGGCAACAGAUGACGUAGAGGCACUUGGUGUACUUUAUGUGAAAGAGAUUGUGAGAUUACAUGGAGUUCCAGUGGCUAUUGUGUCGAAUAGGGAUGCCAAGUUCACCUCGAAGCUCUGGGAAGGACUUCAAGUAGUGUUUGGCUCAGCGUUGCACCUUAGUACAGCAUUCCAUCCACAGACGGAUGGCCAGUCGGAGCAUACCAUCCAGAUCUUGGAGGUUAUGCUUCGUGCUUGUGUACUUGACUUGGGUGGUAGUUAGGAGGAUCACAUUCCACUUAUUGAGUUUGCUUAUAACAACAGUUAUCAGGUAAGUAUUCAGAUGGCUCCAUUUGAGGCAUUGUAUGGCAGACCUUGUAAGUCUCCUGUUUAUUGGACUGAGGUGGGCGAGACAGCCGCCUUAGGACCCGACAUUGUACUCGAGACUACUGAGAAGAUUAAGUUGAUCAGGCAGAGAUUACUUAUAGCUCAGAGCCAACAGAAGAGUUAUGCAGAUAGGAGGAAACGAUCGCUAUCUUUUGAGGUGGGAGACUACGUUUUUUUUCGGGUUUCUCUACAGAAAAGGUUGAUGAGGAUCGGGAAGAGUGGCAAGUUGUCGCCACAAUUCAUUGGACCUUUUGAGAUCUUGGACCGUAUAGGAGAGGUUACCUACAGACUUGUUUUGCCACCGCAGAUGGACAGGGUCCAUAAUGUCUUUCACGUAUCGAUACUACGGAAGUACGAGCCGGAUCCGUCUCACAUUUUAAGUUGGGUUGAUAUGGACAUUGAUGAAGAUGUUUCCUACGAGGAGGGACCAAUUCAGAUCCUUAACACACAGCAUAAAGUGUUGAGGAAAAAGACGAUACCAUUGGUAAAGGUUCUUUGGAGGCAUUACGGAGUUGAGAAAGCAACUUGGGAGCUCGAACAAGAGGUUCGUUUCAAGUAUCCAAAAUUGUUUUCUUUCUCAGAACUUUGUAAAGCAAAAUCGGAGAGCUCGUCGAGGCCUUCAAUUUGAUAGGAGCCAAACAUCAUUUGGCCAAGCCUAGGGAUUCCAAAAUUAGGGCUUGGAUUUGGGGAUUUUGGAGGUUUUCACUUCUAUUGAGGACACGGAAAAGAGGUGGCGGACAACGAUCCACCACAGGUUUAGACAAGCUUGGAGACUCAUUUUAUUUUGUUAUCUUUUGUAUUAGAACUCUAAUAUUUUGUAAAUGUAAUCUUAACUAUUUUGAGAAACUUUAGUUUAAUUGGUACAAUGUUGUAAGUUAUUGACUUUUAAAUUCUAGCUAUAUUUUAUGGACUGUAACUUGACGUAA